AUCGAGUAUCGACUGGACAGCACAGUCUCACCUGUCGCGCCGCUGUUGUGUGAUUGGUGGUCGCGGCGGCCGCCUUAUUUUUAUUCCGCUUCCCCUACUAAUGCAUUACUACUAAUCCAAAGAAUCCUUCGGUUUUGUAUUCUACUCCGCUUCCUUUCGUCUUCCCCUUCGCCCCUUUCUCUCUCUCUCUCUCUCGCGUGUUCUCGCGUCGCCGUCGCCGCUGGUGCGAGAUGGUCGAGACGAGGCGGAGCGCCGCCGCGAAGCGCCCGGCGGCGGGGGAAGAGGAUAAGGGGGCGCCGGCAUCGCCUGCAUCGGCUCCCGCGGAGAACGCGGGGGCGGGUCCGAGGGCGGGUGACGAUGUCGCGUCGUCGCAGCCCCCGAAGCGAGCCAAGGUUGGGUGCACGGAGGCGGACACCGAGAAGCCGUUGGUGGCGCCGGCAGAAGUCGGCACCGUUGCGGGCCCACUGCCCAACACGGCUGGUCUGCAGGCGCUGACCGGCGCCAUGGACAAGCUGGAGGCCCUCUUGAGGCCCAAGGAGGGUCAGUCCAAUCCGGCCGGGCAUAAGCGGGGCACUAACGAUAAAGAUAUAACGGCGAAGAUAAAGAGAGCCAUGGAUUUAUCGGAGGAUUUAUCAGCAAAGAUAAAGAAAACCAAGGAUAAUGUGGCUGGGAUAUUGAAUAAGCCACAGGCGGCAGCCACCAGCAGGCGUCAGGAGCCCUGGUGCAGACUAAUUUCACAAUAUACCAUGCACCCUACCCUUUCUAUUUAUGGUGCGCUUUUCACUAUCGGUCAUGGAGCACAUCAUGAUUUCAGACUGGGCGAAUCAUCCACUGCCUCACCUGUUUGUAGACUGAAGCAGGCUAAGCGAGGUGCACUCCUUGAAGUCUUUGAAUCCAAAGUUGUCCGUGUCAAUGGGAAAUCUUUGGACAAGGCUGCCAAGGUUACCUUAAAUGGAGGAGAUGAAAUUAUCUUCCGUUCACCAGUGAGGCAUGCUUAUAUAUUUGAGCAACUUCAUCAGGAGAAAUCAAGCACUCCAGCAUUAUCCUCCACUUGCAGUAGUAUCCAGCAGGGGCAGUGCUCACAUUUCAAAGAUAUUCAGGGUCAUUUAUCAUCUAAAGGGCACAAAGUCCCAACCAUUUACUUUGGAAGAGGUCGGUCUUCAUUGUUGCCUAGUGGUUCAUCAGCAGAUCCACUCCUGCUUAAUUUAUGUAAAACGAUGGAGGGCCAGAGCCAGCAUAGCUCCGAAGAUAAUAUAUCAUCUGGUCGGUUUCAGCUAAUAAAGGAGGAUUUGAUAAAUGCAACGGUUGACGCGAGUGACAUUUUUGAGUCAUUUGAUAGUUGCCCAUAUUAUCUAAGUGAUCAUACCAAAUGUGCCCUCAUGUCAUCAGCAUAUGUACAUUUACACUGCAAAGACUACUUGAAGUUUACAAAAGAUAUAUCUUCUCUUAGUCAACGAGUGCUGCUAUCUGGCCCAACAGGAACUGACAUCUAUCAAGAAUAUCUGGUGAAGGCACUUGCAAAGAAUUUUGGUGCUAGAUUGCUCACUGUAGAUUCUUCCAUGCUGUUUGGUGGGCAAACUUCCAAGGAGCCGGAGACAUACAAAAAGGGUGAUAGAGUGAGGUAUAUUGGUUCGGUACAGUCGACAGGCGUUAUUCUUGAUGGACAGAGCCCCCCAGAUUUUGGUUCACAGGGUGAAAUAUUUCUUCCUUUCGAAGAAAAUAGAUCAUCGAAGGUUGGUGUAAGGUUUGAUAAAAAAAUUCUGGGAGGAAACGAUCUUGGAGGCAAUUGCGAAGUUGACCAUGGUUUGUUUUGUCCAGUUGAUUCUUUAUGCCUCGACAUUCCAGGAUGGGAGGUUACAUCCAAACAUCCAUUAGAUGUGAUAUUUGAGUUUAUCUCUGAAGAAAUUCGGCAUGGCCCUUUUAUCCUUUUUCUGAAGGACACGGAGAAAAUUUGUGGCAAUAAUGAUUACUAUCAUGGUCUGAAAAGCAAGCUAAAACAUUUCCCAGCUGGUGCUUUUAUAAUUGGAUCUCAAAUCCAGCCUGCCAAUCGCAAAGAGAAGGCAAAGGGUAGUUCUCCUUUUCUUUCGAAGUUCCCAUACAGCCAAACUAUACUUGACCUCGCAUUACAGUAUACGAAGAAGCUGGAGCCGCAGCCAUCUGAAGCUCUAGCAAACGUUGACAUUGAUGCGAUAAAUGGUAAUAAUAAAGAAACUUCAAAGGCAGCGAAGCAUUUAAUCAAACUUUUCCCAAAUAAAGUGAUACUCGAGGCACCACAAGAUGAAAUGGAGCUUUCACGGUGGAACCAGAUGUUAAACCGAGAUAUUGAAGUCCUUAAAGGAAAUGCAAACAUUUCAAAAAUGCGUUCUUUUCUAACAAGGGUUGGUUUGGAAUGCACUGAUCUUGAGGCGAUAUUGGUCAAGGAUCGCGUUCUUACAAAUGAGUGUAUUGAUAAAAUAAUUGGUUUUGCUUUGAGCCAUCAACUUAAGAACUGUACAAAUCCAGACCCCCCUUUGAGUAAUGUGCAGUUUGUUCUAUCCAGCGAAAGCCUUAAGCAUGGUAUUGACAUGUUGGAAAGUAUCCAGUCUGGCUCGAAGAGCAGCACUAAAAGGAAAUCACUGAAGGAUAUUGCUACGGAAAAUGAGUUUGAAAAGAGGCUUCUUGCAGAUGUUAUCCCUCCACAUGAAAUCGGUGUUACCUUUGAGGACAUUGGAGCUUUAGAAAGUGUCAAAGAUACUCUGAAGGAGUUAGUGAUGCUUCCUUUGCAAAGACCUGAACUUUUUAACCGAGGACAACUUAUGAAGCCGUGUAAAGGAAUUUUACUUUUUGGCCCACCUGGUACUGGAAAGACAAUGCUUGCUAAGGCUGUGGCAACUGAGGCUGGUGCUAAUUUCAUAAACAUAUCGAUGUCAAGCAUCUCUUCAAAGUGGCUUGGUGAAGGAGAAAAAUUCGUGAAAGCUGUUUUUUCACUGGCAAGUAAAAUUGCUCCAAGUGUAAUUUUUGUGGACGAGGUUGAUGGCAUGCUGGGAAGGCGGGAGAACCCUGGAGAACAUGAAGCCAUGCGUAAGAUGAAAAAUGAGUUUAUGGUGAACUGGGAUGGUCUGAGAACAAAGGAGAAAGAACGUGUAUUAGUACUUGCUGCAACUAACAGGCCAUUUGAUCUUGAUGAGGCUGUUAUUAGGCGGCUUCCAAGGAGGUUGAUGGUGAAUUUGCCAGAUGCAUCAAAUAGGAGAAAGAUUCUUAGUGUAAUACUAGCCAAGGAAGAUUUGGCAGACGAUGUUGAUCUAGAAGCUAUAGCUAACUUGACAGAAGGGUACUCGGGUAGUGAUCUCAAGAAUCUUUGUGUUACUGCUGCUCAUCGUCCUAUUAGGGAGAUUCUUGAAAAGGAGAAGAAGGAGAGAGCUUCAGCAGAAACAGAAAAUAGGCCAUUGCCUCUGUCGCACACUAGCAAUGAUGUCCGUGCAUUAAGAAUAAGUGAUUUCAUACAUGCGCAUGAACAGGUGUGUGCAAGUGUUUCCUCAGAUUCCAGUAACAUGAACGAGCUUGUGCAAUGGAAUGAUCUCUAUGGAGAAGGCGGGUCAAGGAAAAAGACAACGCUAAGCUACUUCAUGUAGCUGAUGUUGCAAGUAUAUCGGGAGAAGUGCCCUGGCACAAAGCAGAAAUGGUUGGAGGCAGUUGGGGGUGUGUAUCGGGUGCAGUUGGAAAAGAGCUAGGUUCACCUGCCAUCCAUCCAUUGAGAGAAUUGAUGGCUCAGGUGGAGCGGAAUGGAGUAGUAUACACAUUGGUUGCUGCCUCCACUCUGGGCCAUGUAUCAUGCAUCUGGACAUGACGGAUGGUCUGGCUUGCAGUUGUCCUAACAACAGUUUUGAGUGCAACAUAUCACUGUCUGGGAAAGAAAAGAAAAGAAAAUAUACCAUUUGUGUUGUUCCCACUCCACAGGAAGCACGGCGACGACAUCGCCCAACAACCCUUUUCCAUCGUUUCUUAAAAAAUAAUUCAUUAUUUAGGUUGUAAACAUUUAGAGCCUGUGCAAGUGUACAGUAUGAGCAUCAGGAGUAUUAACCUAGUGUUGAUGUCUAUACCUAAUCUAAUUUAUUGAUUAGAAUCAUUUAACAUGAAAUACAUGAUUAUUUUGUAUC